UAAAACUAACCUUAGGAGUUAGUUUUAUAUUCAAAGGUUAUGUUUUCCAGUAUCUGAUUUGCAGUUUUGAAUUGAAAAUAUAUUACAUGCUGAAAAACCGAACACAUUUCCUUGAUAUAAAAUGAGUCUGCUUAAGUUCAAAACCCCCAUCGAUUUAGCGGGAUAUACGUUAGUGGUUCCUAGUGUUUCGGUCGGUAAUGUGCCCCAACUGACUGUGGACUUACUUGUUAUGUCUCUGAAAAUGGAAAAUGUUGCCACUCUUUGGCAUCCAGGACUUACAGCCUGCGUUGGUACUGAUCCAUUUUAUUGCGAUGUUACGGCUGUAUCAACUGCAUGUGAAUUGUACAUCAAUAAAGAAUUGAAAAUAGCAACCAUACAGUUAAGGUCUUCCAUAGAAGCAAAAUUGGUUUUAAAAUUCUUAAAUGACCUGAUAGACUGUAUUGUCCAGUUGAAAUUCCAGAGAGUGUUCAUAUUGGGAACAGGCUUCGACUAUGAACUGCAUAACAUCAGUAAUAAGAACUUUUUAUACUUUGUUACGUCCGCUGGGGACAGUGAAGAAAUUAGCAAGUCAACGUCUUCAAAAGUAUUGGAGCUUGACUAUAAUGGCAAACAUACUGUACGUGGAUCUGGGUUUGCUACAAAACUUUACGAGAUAACAAAUAAUCAAGUCAAUGCUACCCUUUUGAUAAAAUAUAUUUCUGAGGGCGAAAAUAUCCAUGAUGCACAACAGUUUCUCCACAAGUUGUUCCAAUUUUUGGAAUUCAAAGCACCAAGCGUUAUUCCAUUCCCCAGUUCGUGGCACUACAUAUAUGGGGGCCCUCCGCCUGAAGGAAUAUUUUGAUUUUGAUUUUACUUGUUAUUAAGGUGGUAUUUUCUUAACAGAGCAUCUUUAUUUGUAUAAUUAUUCAAGUACAUUUGGGUCCUGGGUUGUAUUAUACUUGAGUAACCAUUCGUCUACUUAUUCAAAUAGGUACAUUUCUAUUUUAGUUUAAUUUAAAUACUUAAAUGCUAGAAAUAUGUAGGUAACCAGCACUAGCAGGAAUAUUAAAACAACAAACCUAAAAAAUGCAAUAUUUAUUGGCUGCAAUCGCACUAAUGUAUAUUUUCAUACUUACAGUAAAAUUAUUAUAAGCACUAUUUUAAAGUCAUUGUUAUAGUCAUCUUCAUCUAUCAUGUUUUAGUGUAUUUGCAAUAAAAUGGACUUAAUUAUUUCGUUGACUUUAAAACGCUAAAUUUUAUUUUGAUUGACUGUUAGGUGAGUUUAAUUUUUUGACAAUCAUAAAAUCAAAUAGUUUCUUACAGUAUUGUUCAAUAUGCAUGCAUUAAAUGCCGUAUAAUAAUACGUUUAAUGACUAUACGCAGGUCAAAUUUAUCAUCGAAACAUGUUAUAAUCUCUACUUUUGACCAUGAUGAAUGUGAUUUUCAUUUAAUAAAUCUGAAAUAUUUUAUGCAGUCGUAGAAA